UCUCACCAAAAGCAAAACGAAAUUGUACGUAAACGUAAAGGGUUACUGUGUUAUCAUUUGUCAUUAUAAACAAAAAUAUUCUCCAUAACAACAGUGUUGCCACGCACACAUAGGCGUUUAACGUUAAGGAAAGGGACUUGAAAGUGCGCGUUAGUAGGUUAACAAAAGAGCACUGGUAGGUCCUUUCUUUUAAAAUGACAUUAUUCAGUGCUUUACAGAGGCGUGGAAAUGCAUGAAAACAAGACGCUAAAGGAUUAAUACAGAACAGACAAAAGAAAAUACUUCCUUGUCUGUCAGGCUUCGACAUUUUUAGCAUAAUUAAGAGACUGUGCAUGCGUGAUGAAACAUAUGUGAAAAAUGAGGAGAGAAAUUGCAGCUGUGGUGUUCUUCCUGAAGAGGCUUGUGAUAAAGGGGGGGAAGCUGGAAUCGCACAAAAUUGAGCUGUUCGUUGAGAGGCUUGCUGUUGCUCUGCAGGAGAAGUUCAAGGGGCACUGGUACCCCGGAAACCCCAGCAAAGGGCAAGCAUACAGGUGCAUCCGAGUGAACAAGUUCUGCAGGCAGGAUCCAGAGCUCCUCAGGGCCUGCCGGGAGAGCGGGGUUCAGUACAGUGACCUGGGACUUCCCCGUGAACUCACACUGUGGGUGGACCCCGGGGAGGUGUGUUGCAGGUAUGGAGAACAAAAUCCUUUCUUCUCUGUGGCCACUUUCUCUAGUGAUGAGGAAGAGGACAAAGAUGUUGCAAAGAAGGUGACUAGCGCUUUGGAGAGGGUGACAUCAGACUAUCACUCAGGUUCUUCAUCCGACGAGGAGAGCACACGCACUUCCCCCCUUACUGUCGCCAACAGCCGCUGUGCCUACCAGGCAAUGAAUCCAGCUGCUCCUACAUGGCUUCCAAAAAAAAUGGUACCAGUGAAAGGUAACAUCCUUCCACGGCCUCACUAUGGUUUCAGGCCACGCAGCAGAGCCCCCAACACUUUAAGGCAUAAACUGUGGUUCCCUCCUGGUUAUAGAGGAGGGCCUGGAUACUGGGACACAAACCAAAAUCUGGCACACAGCUACAGUUAGUAAUAAUGGUGCAUAUUGUUCACACUGGACAUUAAAGCUGAAGACAACUUUAAGAUGACUGACCAAUGUUUUUUUUAAACAUCAAUUUUUAUAGCUAAAAUAUUGAUUGUUUUUGAGUCUUUUUUGCACUUUAGAUCAUUUGUUUUGAAUAAAUCACUUGUAUUAAAUUAGAUAUUGAAAUUGGAAUACUACACGUGUAGUCUUGAAGUACUGUAUUUUUACAAUGGGAGACUUUCAUGUAUGGCACCUACUGUCCUUUGUGAUGUUUUAUUUAUUCAUAGUGUAGAAUGCUCAGAUGUAUAGGCUUAAAUUUAUGAACUUUUAUUAAACACAAUUUCCAAGCA